UUUGCAAAAUACCCAUUGUUCUUUUUCUUCUUCUUCCUCCUUUCCUUCCACUUCCCCCCCUCCUCCGCCAUUACCAAACUUUACUCAUUCUUCAAUUUCUUUCCCUAAAUCCCAUUCUCUUCACCAAUGUCUUCACUCCCACGAAUCUUUCUUCUCUUCUCUCUUUGUUUCUCUCUUUUUCCUUCUUCCUUCUCUCUCUCCCAUCCAGACCCACUAACAAUCCGCCCAUUUCAGGUGAACCACUCGCCGCCGGCUACUAUUCCGGCAUUCCCAGAACAGUCCGAAGUUCAGGGCUGCCGCCUGGACCUCCCCGACGACCUCUUCCAUGGGAUUAAGACAGCUUGCGGUCCCUCAAAAGGGGGUGUCUCCGGGAAUCUCCACCGUAGCCGGUGCUGCCCUGUCUUGGCCGCUUGGCUCUACGCUGCUUACUCUGCCACCGCAUUGCGGAGGCCCGUUCGAGCCAGCGCCGGUCCAGGUCACACAGCGCCGUCGUAUGACCUGCCCCUGCUCCCCGAUGACUCCGAAACUUGCGUCAGUAACUUGGAUCAGGCUUUGAAUCAAAAGGGUAUUGAGCUAAUGAAGCCUAAUGAAACUUGUGAUGUGGUUUAUUGCUAUUGUGGGAUCAGAUUGCACCCUUUGAGCUGCCCUGAGGCGUUUUCACUGACCCAUGAUGGGAUUCUUGAAGGAGAUAGAAAUGUGAAGAGAUUGGAGAGAAAUUGCUUGAGUAGUAGCAAUAGCAAUGGAUUUCCAGGCCUUGGUGGCUGCUCCAAAUGCUUGAGUACUCUUUAUCAGCUCAACAACAAGGAAGCUUUGAAUUCAAGCAAGCCAGAGAACAGGACCAUCAAAAUGCACCACACGGAGUGUCAGCUGAUGGGUCUAACAUGGCUGCUUGCCAAGAACCGAACGGCAUAUAUCCGCACCGUUACGUCAGUGCUUCGAGCUAAAAUGAUGAGCAAAGACGGGUCGGAUCCCCGGUCGUGUACUCUCAACAGUGACGGGAUGCCUCUGGCUGUCGACUCGGCUGAGAUCUCCGGCAGCUCUGUUUCAGUCUCCAUUCAGGCACCAUUGUAUGUUGGCCUGGUUUGGCUUGCUUUGAUGUUCAACCUGUUCAUGUUGGGUUCUACACAAUGAGGUUAGGAAUGAUUCCACUUAGAAAUUUGUGACCCUUUUUUGUGUAUUGUGAUUGUUGCUAUGCUCUGAUUAGAAAAAAUGCAUAUUUUCUGAUUAGUCCUCUGGGUUAGUAAUAUUUCUGGUUAGGUCCUUGAAAUGGGCUUUUUGUGUAAA